AUGCGCGAGUCUUCCUCUCCUUCUUCUGAUGAGGAGUCCAUGACUGAGGAAGAAAUGGAAAAACUAUUAGAACAAGUAGAUGAAAAGAAGAAGUUAAUAGCAACCAUAAGAAACAAGCCCUGGCGUAUGAAGAAAAAAUUGGCUAUUUUAAGAGAAGCUCAGAAGUUUGUGGAGAAAUUUGAAGGAGCACUGGGAAAAGGCAAAGGAAAGAAGUUUUAUGCAUACAAAGUAAUGAUGCUAAAGAAAUGGAUAAAGUUUAAAAGGGACUUUGAAAAUUUUAGAACAGCCUGCAUACCGUGGGAAAUGAAGAUUAAAGAAGUAGAAAGUCAUUUUGGUUCAUCUGUAGCCUCAUACUUUAUAUUCCUGAGAUGGAUGUAUGGUGUGAAUCUAGUUCUGUUUGGUCUAAUUUUUGGUCUUGUUGUAAUACCAGAGAUCUUAAUGGGACUGCCUUAUGGAAGUUUACCUAGAAAGACUGUACCGAGAGCUGAAGAGAAAAAAGCAAUGGAUUUCGCUGUGCUUUGGGAUUUUGAGGGUUAUGCCAAAUAUUCUGUCUUAUUUUAUGGUUUUUAUAAUAACCAGCGAUCUAUUGGUUGGUUGAAGUUCAGGCUGCCUUUGUCCUAUUUCCUUGUCGGAGUUGGUGUUUUUGGAUACAGCCUAAUGGUUGUCAUUAGAACAAUGGCCAGCAAUGCCAAUGAAAGCACAGGCGACGGAGAUGAUGGGAAUUAUAAUUUUAGCUUUAAAAUGUUUACAAGUUGGGAUUAUCUGAUUGGUAACCCAGAGACAGCAGAUAAUAAAUUUGCCUCCAUUACCACCAGUUUUAAGGAAUCAAUUGUAGAUGAAGAAGAAAGCCACAAAGAUGAAAAUAUCCAUCUUACAAGAUUCCUCAGGGUUCUGGCCAACUUGAUGAUAAUAUGUUGCUUGUGCGGAAGUGGCUAUCUUAUUUACUUUGUAGUCAAACGUUCUCAAACAUUUUCAAAAAUGCAGAAUGUGGGAUGGUAUGAAAGGAAUGAGGUUGAGAUUGUCAUGUCCUUGCUGGGAAUGUUUUGUCCACCACUGUUUGAAACAAUUGCAAAUUUGGAAGAUUACCACCCCCGUGUGGCACUGAAGUGGCAGCUGGGGAGGAUCUUUGCUCUUUUUCUUGGCAAUCUAUAUACGUUUUUACUUGCCUUGAUGGAUGAUGUCAAUGAGAAGCUAGCCCAGGAGGACAAAGUAAAAAAUAUUACUUAUUGGACCCUAUAUAACUACUACAACUCAUCCUAUGUUAUAAAUGGAAGCAAUGCUACUCCUCCCCCACUGCCCCCAUCAGAUGUGCCGCGGGGACCAUGCUGGGAGACCAAUGUCGGAGUCGAAUUUGUUAGGCUGACUGUGUCGGACAUACUUGUUACAUAUGUCACCAUCCUAGUUGGGGACUUCCUCCGUGCCUGUUUUGUCAGAUUUAUGAACUACUGCUGGUGUUGGGACUUGGAGGCUGGCUUUCCCUCAUAUGCAGAAUUUGACAUUAGCGGUAAUGUGCUGGGAUUGGUCUUCAAUCAAGGGAUGAUAUGGAUGGGUUCAUUUUAUGCCCCUGGAUUAAUUGGAAUAAAUGUUCUCAGAUUAUUAACCUCCAUGUACUUCCAAUGCUGGGCAGUUAUGAGCAGUAAUGUUCCUCAUGAACGGGUCUUCAAAGCAUCUAAAUCAAAUAACUUCUACAUGGGACUGCUUCUCCUCAUUCUCUUCUUGAGUCUUCUGCCAGUGGCCUACACAAUUAUGUCUCUCCCGCCCUCAUAUGACUGUGGUCCUUUCAGUGGGAAGAAAAGAAUGUUUGAUGUCAUCCAAGAAACAAUGGAGAACGACUUUCCACCUUUUGUUGCCAAAAUUCUGAGUUCUAUAGCAAAUCCUGGUCUAAUUAUACCAGCCAUUCUCCUUAUGGUGUUAGCUAUUUAUUACCUCAAUGCGGUUUCAAAAGCAUAUCAACAGGCAAACAUAGACCUGAAGAAAAAAAUGCAAAUGCAAAGGGAAGAGGAAAAAAAUAAAAGAAACAACAACACUCAAGCUAAUUCUGUAAUGAGAGACUUAGAAGAACUGCUUCCCCCAAGUGCAAGGAAUGCUGUAAGACUUCAAGCAGCUGCAACAGAAAACCAGUCUAGUCCUGCACAAAAUUCUACAAUAGCAGAGAUAAACACAGGAACUGUAAAUAGCAGUGGGCAAGGAUUUCCUAGAAAAGAGAGUUCACUGAUGCCAACACCGCGGAUAGCUGUUACCAGUCCUCCCGUGCCAAGACAAAUGGGACAUUCCAUUGGAGGGCCUGCACGUUUUCCUGGGCCUUACUCACAUGGACCACACCCAAGACGUUAA